AUGCCCAAAAGACGUUGUGAUGAACCCACUUGCGCCUACCCAUUCGCUGGCACGACCAAGGCUAACCAUCGCGCGGAGUAUCAUUCGGGAGGACACGGGUUUGUCUACCUAGGUACCUUGGUCCGAGUACAUCGUCGCAGCGAUGGAAAGAUUCCCUGCCCCUGUGGUCUCGAAUCACACGCUCGGUAUAGCUUCAAGAAGCUAACCGCUCUCAACAAACAACUCCCACAUCCUGGACCCGAAGCUUCCGAAUGGUCCGACCAUCCACUCAACUCACGAGCAAAUCCUUCGCCAGCACCUCCGUCGUCAUCUCCUAUACCUACCUCACCUUAUGUCGAACACACCACUAGUUCUUCCAGUCACGAACCUCAACGCACCUCUCAGCAACAUUCGCCUGGGCAAGAUACGCUGUCACCCCCACCCAAUUCAUCCGGGUCUGCUCUGGAGACUCGACAGGGCUCGGACAUGGCUGAGGAAGGAUCUGAGGGGGUGCACCACGUCGAUGACAACGUCGAAGGGUUGGACUUGGGCUGCCGGGCUGGGAUUGAGGUACAUGAAGAUGUCGAGAUGAGGGACAGGGUCGGAGAGCUUGUCGAAGUUAGAUGGAGAUUCCACGGGCGAUGA